AUGAAAAUUUCCCCAUCAAACUUUUGUCAAACAAAUCCGCCAGCAAUGUUUCAAGUCAAUGAUACAACAAAACAUUUCGAAUCUUUGCAAGUAAAUGGACGAAAAAUUUUUAACUUAGCAGAAAAAUGGGAUGGUCCUCCACCUUCUAACGCUUGUGAACUGUUCAUAAAACGAAUACCAAAACAUUUUAAUGAAAAUUUCCUUUUGCCACAUUUUCAACGGUUCGGAAAAAUUUAUGAGUUUCGGUUAAUGAUGGAUUUUAAUGAAUUCAAUCGUGGCUAUGGAUUUGUUAAGUAUGCUAAUGAAGAAGAUGCAGCCAAAGCAUUAGAAGUCAUGAAUCAUUUUCUUAUUCAACCGCACAAAACACUUGAAGUGCAGCGCUCACUUGAUAAGUGUCGCUUAUUUGUUUCAAAUAUACCAAAAGAACUUUCUGAACAAGAACUUGAAUAUGAAUUUCGACAGAUGUUUCCGAAAAUUGAACGGGUCAUAACACAUAAACGUAUAAGUGAUAUGAAUCAAAAUCGAGGUUUCUUGUUUUUAGAUUUUCCGAAUCAUGAAGAAGCAUUGAUUGUAAAAAAGCAAACUACUCCAGGCCGUCUUCGAAAAUGGGGUAGAGACCUAAAAAUUGUAUGGGCAAAUCCUGAACAUGUAACAAAUCCGGAGCUACUCGAAAAUAUUAAAAGUUUAUUUAUACGGAACGUUGAUUUAUCUGUUAAAAACAAUGAACUUUACGCGGUUUUAAUGUUGUAUGUUAAAAGAACAGAAAUUGUAAAAAUAUCCAGAGUUAGGGAAUUUGCUUUUAUAGAGUUUACAUCCAGAGAUGCAGCGGAAAAAAUUUUACAUCAUGUUAAUGGUCAAUUGUUAAAAGGAUAUUCCCUUGUUGUUGAAUGGGCUUUGCCAUCAAAUUCAAAAUUAAAAAGUCACGAUUUCGAUGCAGUUUUAAGACUUAAAUGCAUUUCCAACUAUUGGAGUAUUCCAAUUAUCAUUUUUGGCAGAGCCUUCACAAGCCAUUUUCUUCAGUAUGUUGCUAUAAUAAUAAAGGAAAAAAACAUUAGUCGUGUGUUUUUUAUGGAAAUAAAUACAAAAGAGCUGACGGAUAUACAAUCUAGAGCAUGCGAAGUUGUUGUAGGUUUGAUCGAAAAAGCGGGAGAACUUCCAAAAUGCAAUUUUGUUUUAAAAGUCUAUAGUGACUCAGCAUACAUUGUUGGUUUUAUAACAAACUUGGAAAAGGUGCUAUUUGUCAAGGCAUACAACAUACUUACUGACUUAUUUUUGUAUUGGAAUGAAAUAAAAGAUUUGAGCGUGGCAGCGAAUAAUUUGUGUUACCAUGAUGAGAAUCAAAUAAUUUCUCUGUACAAUACAACACUUUCGUAUGAACGGAUAUUGCCAAUAUCGUUAUCACUACAGAAUCGAAUAUUCGGCUGUAUUGAUCCGCUUUAUAGGAAGAAACCUCCUUUAAGGCACAAUUUAAAUAAUGUCCAAAUUAUUUUAUGUUUAAUCCACAUUACAAGUCGCAACAAUACUGUAUUUCCUUACGAAGACGUUUUGUAUAAUUUUAUAGACACAGGGGACGAAAAUAAAAAUGUUUCGAUUCAAUAUAGUGGAAUUAGUUUAUUACCGCAAAACUUAAUUGAAACUCAGAAAGAUGAAAUUAUUAAAUUUGUAAUAUUUUCCCCAACAGCAGAAAAAUUGUAUAAUUAA